CUUGUUCUUUGGGUCUUAUCAAGGCAUGUGGAUUGGCUACUCACCUUUCUUAUCCACGAAAUCUGUACACUGAAUAGAAAAAGAGAGAAGCAAGCUUCCUACACCCACAAAAACAUUCUCAGUAGUAGUGAAGAUUCUAGCAGAUAGCUUUCCAAGUGAAAAGAAAAAUGUUAAGGAAUCCCAAAUUCUUGCAUUGUUCCUCUCAAUUCCUGCAUCCUCCAAUACUACCACCUUCACCUCCACCUCCACAAGUUCAAAACAUACCAAAUCCCCCAUCUUUUCCCAUCAUCAAACAGUGCUGCAAAUUCUCCCGGAGAGAGCUUGCAGUUGGUAGCAGUUCUUUGAUACUUCUCCUUCUGGGCUCUCAAAAUCCAGAGCCAUUCUUGCAGUCCUUGGCAUUGGCUGAAGAAACCAUGACAGAUACCAAUGUAAAUGAAGGAAAAGAAGAGAACUCAAACUCAAACUCAAACUCCUUUCCCAACUGCACCAACACAAACCCAACCAGGAAAGUAUUUCUUGAUAUAUCCAUUGAUAAAGAACCAGUUGGUCGCAUUAUCAUAGGGCUAUAUGGAGACAAUGCCCCUGCUGGAGCUGCUAGAUUCAGUAAUCUUGUAAGUGGAGCUGCUGGUAUAACUUACAGAAGAAAAGAGUUUGUGCGAAUCAUGCCCAAUUAUGUCCAACAUGGUGGGGUGAGAUCCUAUGGUGUCGAUGCUGAGCUUGCAAACAGGACGGGAAGUGAGUUGUCGGGUGGAAGCCUUGUUGAUGAAUGGCAGAGAUCGUAUGACGAGUGUCCGGGGACGAAGAACUUGGCCGGAACUGUGAGCAUCAUUGUGAGGGAUCCUUCAAAACCACCUCCGAAAGUGAAGCUAGUGGCAAGGGAAGGGAAGCUGGUGAUUGACCAAGAGGAGGUUGGAAUUGACCCAAAUGGAACAGAGUUUGUGAUUGCCACCAAGGAUUCUCCAGAGUUGGAUGCAUCAGCUUUAGUUGUCGGAAGAGUCUUGGAAGGAAUGAAGGUUGUGGAGAGGAUUGGACAGGUGAAAACUGUCAAUGACAAUACCAGUUCUCCAUAUUUUAGGGUGGCCAAGCUGAUAGGCGAUAAGAGGGCUGUCGUGGCUGAAAGAGGCUUCAACCGUCCUUACUCGAAGGUGGUUGUCACAAACUGUGGCUUAAUAGAGUAAUUUCUUGGCUGUUCCCAUAACCCGUCUCUGUUUUCUCAAAAUUUUUUCUAGACAAGUGAACAUAUCCAUGUAGAAGAGUACAAGUCACUGGUAUGCCUACAAAAACAUAAAUACAUUCUUUUUUAGUAUUGAAAGUUGCCUCGCAAGAUGCUGAGAAAAAUAAACAGCUGCCUUGCAAAUUGGGUAGUACAAGCUGAGAUUCUCAAGCA